UUUUAUUUUAUUAUCAUUUUAGGGGUUGUGUAAUGAGAUUGUCAGUAGUAAAGAGGUUAACAUGGUAAAGGAGUGAAACAAUCCGACCCGAUAAUGUUUCCGAUCAUCGGAUCCCCAGGGGAUGGGGGCAUGAAGAUCCGUUAGUUUGUGGACCGAACGGGUAUUUAAACGAUGAAAGAAGCGCGCCGCCCACGAGUCGGUCGAGGUUUCCCUUUGUCGAAGCCAUCUCUUGCGAUCGCCGUUCUCCGCCGAGCGAGGUAUAAAACACGGCGUAUGGAUUGCAAAUGGUUGUCUCAAGCUGUUCCUUAUAUUUCACAUGUUGAUUCUAGAAUGGUUAGGAUAUCAAGAUACGCCACAUCUUCCUUCUCAAAGUUGAAUUACAUGCAUGAUGGUGACAAAUUAUGUAUGGAGAGGUUGGAUCACAAGGACUGGCUAGCACCAAAUGAAAUGCUGAAAAUAUUUAGAAAUGUGAGAAAUCCUGAACUUAUUAUUAAUGCAUUCAAAAAAGCUGCUAGACGUAUUGAUUAUAGACCUAGUGAAGCGCUUUAUAGUUUGUUGAUUGAUAGACUUGCUUACUCUCGGAAAUUUGCUUAUGUUGAGGAUCUCCUAGACAAGGCUAAAUGCGAGAAGUGCAGACUUUCUGAUGACUUCUUUUAUAGAUUGAUCAAAAUGUAUGGUAAUGUGGCAAAUCAUCCUGAUAAGGCAAUUGAAACGCUCCUCAAGAUGCCAGAUUUUAAUUGUUGGCCCACUGUCAAAACCUUCAAUUAUGUUCUUAACAUGCUUGUCAAUACUCGGCAGUUUGAGGUUAUUCAUGAGGUUUAUUUAAGUGCUCCAAGAUUGGGUAUAACCCUUGACACAUGUUGCUUUAACAUUCUGAUCAAGGGUUUGUGUGACUGUGAUAAGUUGGAUGCUGCUUUUUCCUUGCUGCAUGAAAUUCCAAAGCAGGGAUGCAGACCUAAUGCAACUACUUAUUCAACAAUUAUGCAUUAUCUCUGUGAGCAUGACAAGGUAAGCGAAGCUCUGGAACUUUGUGACAGAAUGCAGAAAAAUGGUUGUCAUCCAGACACAAUAACAUUCAACAUAUUAAUUUCUGGUCUGUGCAAACAAGGAAGAGUGUCAGAGGGUAUGGAAUUCUUAAAGACUAUGAAGUUAAAGGGAUGUUAUCCAAAUUCAGGAACAUACCAGGCACUACUUUAUGGUUUGCUUAGUGCAAAGAAAUUUGUGGAGGCUAAGGAUUUCAUGGGUAUAAUGAUAUCUGAAGGUGUUAAGCCUAGUUAUUCAUCAUACAAGCUGAUCAUUUGUGGUCUUUGUAGGGAGAAUCUUUUGACUGAUGCUGAGCUGGUCCUGGAGCAGAUGGUGCACCAAGGAUUUGUCCCACGAAUGGGCACCUGGAAGAUGAUCCUUGCAUGCAUGCUCUAGAAAAUAUUAAUUAUUUUUUCACUUUAUCUAAUUACCAGUUAUGCCGUGAAAUCAAAUGUAUGGCUGUUUAUGUUCUCAGUUCACAGCUAUACAAUUUAUGUGGUUUCUCUUCCUUAGUUUUGCUUGUGCACUUCAUCUCAGAAGAUUUAGACACUUAAAUGGCUUAAGCAAAUGAAGUUGCUUGAUGGCAUUCUAUCACGGAGUUGACCAGUCAGCUAAUCACAUUACAUCUCCGGAUAAAGGACUAUCAACUGAUGACAUCUGUUUCGGAGGUAUAUAGGUCUGACGAGAGUUCUUUCUUCAAGGUGUAGCCAACUGCCAACAAGUCUCAUACUGGUGGAACAGUGAAAAAUAAAACCACCAUGGAUGGGUCCUUAUUUUAAACCAGUGGAUGGAUCAGUAGAGAGCACCAAAGGCAUGGAUAGAUCAUUAGAAGGGACUAUGGCUGCUGGCGUAUCUGGAGAAGUUACAAUGAAAGGAUGGAUUAAUGUGAAAAGCCACUGUGUUACACUGGAGCAGUAGUAAAUAACAAUGACCUUGAUGGAGCAGUGAAUAUUCAGUCAGAAAUAUUGAUGACAAAGAUGCAUCAGGAAGAAAUACAACUGAUUUGGAUGGAUCUCCAGAACUACUGGCAAUAUGGAUGGAUUAGUGAAAGUUGCUUCUGAGGCAACUGAAAAUUCUCAGUUAGAACCUAAGGUUGUUUUCAUUAAGCAGAGGGAUCAUACAAUUUUGAAUGUGCUAUGUGCAAGGGGCAUCUUUACUGCAAGCCCAUUUUGCAUAUUGUGGUCUCAUAGAAAGAAAUUGCUUGUUGAAUGUGCUUUCUUUACUGAAGCAGCUUACUAUUAUGAAAAGAACAAAAAUUACUAGAUGCAUCAUAAUCAGUCAGAGGUUUAUGACAUGGAAGAUGAGGGAUUCCUUGGGAAGAUCCAAAAUAGCAAAUAAGUAAUCUGAGGCUAAGGGAUCUUGAGGAGGACGUCACAAAGCUCUUCUUAGAUUUUCUUUUAAAAUAAGUCUGAAGAUCCACCAUUUGUUUAUGCAUUACAAAUUCAUGCAAAAGAAUGCUUGACCAACUUCUUCCGGGCUGAUACACAGUCAUGAAAUAAUCAUUGCUGCUUUGGUGAUGAAGUCUUGUUUGUUUAAACCCAUCCAACGAGCAGGUUUCACAUACCCUUUGCACCAUUUAUUUGUACAAAUUAUCAUAAGUAAAUUGUUAUAUUUGGUGUUGCAUUA